AUGGCAGAAUACAGCGCUGGAGACUUGGUUCCUAGCACGUUUAGCGCUGGCAUUGUGGCAGCCUCGGUCGUCGCCAGCGUCACAGGAUGUGUGUUGACCAUCGAACUACUCCAUCGCCGAGUCACAGCUCUGGGAAGUCUCAGAAGCUGGGCGCAGACCAUUGGCUGCUCAAUCUCCUUGGGUUUGGUCGGAAUCUGGUGUAUGCACUUUAUAGGCAACCACGCCAUCGUCCUGGGCCAUGGACUUCCAGAGUAUCAGCUGGUCUAUAGCCCAGGCUACACCGUGUUAUCGGUGUUUCUGCCGAUUUUUGGAUUGACGAUUGCUUUUUCCACCGCAGAGCUACAUGUGAAGCAUUGGUACAUUCACUGCAUGGCGCUUUUCUUGACGGGGGUAUUUGCUGGGCUCUCCAUUGUCAGCAUGCAUUAUCUGGGCAACUUGGGUGUCACAAACUACAAGCUCAAAUACAGCGGUCGGUUCCUCGCCGCGUCCGUUCUCAUCGCGAUCGGGGACUGCCUGGCAGUCCUGGCACUAUUCUACCAUCUCAGAGAAAAAUGGAUCAGCUCGUGGUGGAAGCGCGUCGGAUGCGCUUUGACAUUGGCUGGAGGCAUUUCGGCCAUGCACUUCACUGCCUCCUGUCGUUGCGAGUACGAGUUCCGGCGCUCCAAUACCCCAUCAGAAAUCAGAAAUCGAGACAACCAAAUUAUCAUUUCCGGCGUAUGUUGCGGUACAGCUGCGCUCAUGGUCCUGGCAGUGCUUGUGCUCGCCCGCGCUCGGACUCGGCUACUGAAAAGCAGGUCGCAGAAGAUUAUGCUCGCAUGUGCAAUGUUCGCUCCUGAUGGCAGCAAAGUCUUGGUUACGACAGAAGGAGUACUGCCAUCACAGGAGAUUACUGAUAAAUACCUGCACCGGACUUUCGACGAGGAGUUUGACAUUUCGCACCCCGUAUUCCAAUGGAUCUUCCGCUUGACGCACAACUGGGUUGCUGUCAGUGACCUGAUACCGUAUAUGAGGAGUCAUUUGGCGGCCGAACAGGCAAGUCUACGGACAGAACCGAGUCCAGAGCCCAAGGUUGCGAGCUCGCGAUCGAGUGCGUUGUACGAUGCCCAUACGUACAGCAACUAUGAGCUGAUCUUUCGGGAACGCUUCUGCACGGCGGCAUCGUGGCUGGCUCAAUCAAUGGACAUACCACUCGAGCACUUGGGUGUCCUGUAUGACAAAGUCAUUGAAACUGGCACGUUGCCUGUCGACAAGAAGAGCAGGGCCAGCACGUUCUUCGAUCAGAGAACCAUGGCCGGAGUGGAAGCCGCCCUUCGUGCGAGCAUAUUUGGCAAAGGCCAGGUCUUGUUCAUUGCUCGCGAACUGAUUCCGGGCGAGACUGAGCGGCUGUUGAACUCUGGAUUUCGACUUGCGGGCACACAGCAUGUGAGCAGGACCAUCGCCCACGCCAUGCAGAUACCACAAGUCACUUUGGAAGCUCACCUGCGUGACCUCCGACGUUACGCCCAGAAUAUGACCAACACAGAACAGUCCGGAACAUACCUCGCAUUCUUCGCCAUGAUGCCCAAGCCCAACCACAAAGGAUUUGACGUUGCGGUGCAGAAGAACAAUCAGGACCAGCUGCCGGAUGUCCAACUCCUGACGAGCGGGCCUUCGCAAUGGCAAGCCGCGUUUCUGGACAGCAUGGAUGGAUGUCGUGUUCCGCAGUGCAUUGCAUUCUGCGACGACUGCGAGGAGCGUCCAGGGGAACAUGGUUCGCUCGAUGAAACUCAGUUUGCAGCGGUAUUCAAGCAAGCGAUGGUGACACUGACCGAGCAAUUGCCUCGAGAUUGGAAGAACGAAGCCAAGUUUUGGGCGAGACCACUCGUUGUUCAUCCUCGGUGUCUCGCAAGUCGAUCAACGGCGUCCACAGUCUACGCCUUCACCUGUAUCGGCGACAUGCAUACCUCGAUCAACAAGUCCGAGUUCAUCACUCGCAUACCGCGGACGUUCUUCGACGCCAGGCAUCGCUGCUACCCCGGCUCACCCGAUCAUGCUGUUCUGAGGAUGGACAUAUACGCCGCUUUCAGCCCCCUCCUGGUGUGCAAGCAGUCGAGGCGUGAUCGGUAUCGGCGGCAGGGUAGGCGCGCCAUGGAAUUGACUGCUGGUCCGAUGAAGAAACACCUGCGAACGAGGGACAUCUUGGUUGCGUCUCCAUCACGAGGCAGUAGCUCUGCCGACCAGUCAGAGCGGCCAUCGUUGCACGAGCUCUCGGACCGAUCGUUUGGCUCCUCUGUAUCAACCAGCAACAGGAACCAGGUCAGAUCUCCUGACAUGGGCCUGCUCAGUCCGAGCGAUAUAGUGGUCGAUAUGAACAGCGAGAAUGAUGAGUCCUCUCCCGAGGAGAAGGACAACGAAGCGGCACUGCCAGGCACGAAAAGCGCCACUACCACUGCUCCGCUGGAGAAGACAUUCGUGGAUGAGCUUUCUGCCAUCACGAAGAGUCGCUUCUUGCCGGUUUCGACCAAGUGCCAUGCUUGAGAUGUUGACUGUCUUUGAAUCCUCGCCGAGCGACUUCCUGGACACACGAAUGGGUGCAACAUCAGGGAUCGAUGACUGCACUGCCAUCUCCGUCAAUAUCUGGCCAUCUUUAUACUGGGAAUCGACAGGGAUUCGGGCUUUCUUCUUCAAACAUUCCCCUUGGAGCGACAAGUAGC